CGUGUCAAUUUACGCCAGCACUUGCGUGGCAAGAGAACACCCACCGCUCACGCUAAAAUCGAUCCCACAUAAAUUUCUAACUUGUAUCGCCCCUUGUUAACGAAAUUGGCCUUCUGUUUGCGAUCAAAUAUUCCCGUAAAUCACCGAUCAAAAGUCUAAGGUUGGGGCAUGAAAAAUAUUGUGACUAGAUCAUCAUCUCUGACAAUAGUGUGACUGGAUCAUCAUCUCUGACAAUAGCGUGACUGGAUCAUCAUCUCUGACAAAGUUGCAUAUUUUAAGAUAAAGAAACCCAUGCAGCAGCAGGAGACAUGUCACUUGUCUGUUUUAUGGAGAGGGAAGAAGUUUAGUCUGGAGAUGGAUCCAACUGCUACUUUCAAAUCAUUGGGGGAUGAAUUGCUGAAUCUCACCAAUGUCAGAGAUGAUACAUUGCGGCUAAUUGUGCCUACUAAUAAAAGUUCAAGGCUUUUGUAUCCUUUCUCUGAAGAGCACUCCUGUCUAAAAUUGGAAGCAGUGUCCAUCCUCAAGGGGAAGUCUAUUCGGAUGUUGGGAGUGCCCAAAGAUGAAGUAGAUGACAUUUUACAGAGUGCAAAGACAGACCUCAGGAUUGUGGGUUUUGAUGAAGAGGAAAAGAGAUUGAGGCAAAGAAUCUCAAAUGGGCUUCAAAGUUCACUAAAACUUCCACAAGGGCCUUAUGUCUUUUGUGAUUUUCGGACACUUCACCUUCCAGGUGUAGAGUUGAAUCCUCCUGCUUCAAAAGCUUUAAAACUAAUGCACAAGCUUGCUGCUGAUCUAGGAAUAGUUGCAAUCAUGAAUAAGCAUCGCUGGCGUGUGGGUAUCAUGACAGAAAUGGCGCCAGAAGGCUAUGUUGGUGUUAGUCCUAAAUGCAUUCUUGGUUUCAAUAAGAAUCAUGGAGAGGAGAUAUCACUACGUCUUCGUACAGAUGACCUCAAGGGUUUCAGGAAGUACGAUAGCAUCAAGAAGACUCUCUUGCAUGAACUUGCACACAUGGUACACUCUGAACAUGAUGCUAACUUCUAUGCUUUGGAUAAGCAGCUCAAUGAAGAAGCUGCUAAGUUGGAUUGGACCAAGUCAAGAGGCCAUACAUUGAGUGGUGGCAGUUUGCAACACUAUGAAGAAGACGAGGACAGUGAUAAUCACACGGGUUUAUCACAUAAGCUUGGAGGACAAAGUUCAAUUUUCAAUGCUCGAGCAUCUUCAGUGGCUGCUGCCUACAGCCGUUUAGCACAGGCAUCCACCAACCACUCAGAAGCAACUGAUAUGGAUCAGGAAUCUAAUUCUGGCAAUUCACUUGAUAUUCGUCCGCAAUCCAAUCAUACGGAUGCUCUAGUGGAAAAGCAACUAAAUGAUCCAAAAGUAGAGACUUUGGGGAAAUGCAAUGGUGUAUCUAGUGCUAAUGUCUCAUCUGAUGGUCAAAGAAAAUCUGAACCUGAUCCUGAUGAUUAUGAGGCUGGCUCUCCCAUGAAACAUGAGCCUAGUACAGAACUCGAUUCUGAUGAUCAUAAAAUGAGAAACCUUCCGCCCCUUUUGGAAGCUAAAUUACGUGAAGAACCUGACCCGGAUGAUUGCUCUUCAGAAAAACACAAUGCAGGAAGUCCCAUUUCUUUGGAACCUGAUCCUGAUGAACACGCUAUGGGCAUUGAAAAGAAAGUAAUGUCUGGUCAAAAUAGCCAUGUUUCAGUGGGGUACCAUGUAAAUGAGGAAGAGAGUGGAUCUUUUCCACACACCAAUCGAGAUGAUUUUCCUGAACAAAUCAAGCUGGUAGAGCCAUAUAUUAAUGAUAAGGAUAUAAUGUCGGAUGGAAUUUCAAGUACAUUGAUCGAUGAGCCUGAUCCAGAUGACCAGGAAUUACAGAGGAUACAAGACCCUGUAGCGAUUGUUUGCAGUCGAUUGCAGAAAGCAAUAGGGGUACUGAGAUCUCAAGCCGAUCCCCUGGAGGCCUCUAGAGUAGUGCAAACUAUAGUAAAAAUUAUAAGGAAUGUAAUUGAACACCCAGAUGAAGUGAAAUUCAGAAAGCUGCGGAAGGCCAAUUCUCUUAUUCAGAGGGAUGUGGUGAGUUAUCCAGCUGCUAUGGACAUCCUGUCUGUGAUUGGAUUCAGUGAGGACGCUGUUAUCGAUAACACUGGUAGAAUGGAAACUUAUUUGGUCCUCAAAAGGAAUGAUCCAGGAUUAUUGUGGCUUGCCAAGUCUUCCCUUGAAACCUCCAUUGCCUAGUGAACUUGUACAACAACAA